AUGCCGGUGUUUCACACCAAGACCAUCGAGAGUAUCCUGGAGCCGGUGGCCCAGCAGAUCUCCCACCUGGUCAUCAUGCACGAAGAGGGGGAGGUGGACGGUAAAGCCAUCCCAGAUCUGACGGUGCCGGUGGCCGCGGUGCAGGCGGCAGUCAGCAACCUUGUGCGGGUGGGCAAGGAGACCGUUCAGACCACCGAGGACCAGGUGAUGAAGAGAGACAUGCCACCUGCGUUCAUUAAGGUGGAGAAUUCGAGCUCUAAGCUCGUCCAAGCCGCUCAGAUGCUAAAGGCAGAUCCAUACUCUGUUCCUGCACGAGAUUACCUGAUCGAUGGAUCCAGAGGGAUACUGUCUGGAACGUCUGACCUGCUCCUUACCUUUGAUGAAGCAGAGGUGCGUAAGAUAAUUCGUGUGUGUAAAGGUAUCCUAGAGUACCUGGCAGUAGCUGAGGUGGUGGAGACCAUGGAGGACCUCAUCACUUACACCAAGAACCUGGGACCAGGGAUGACUAAAAUGUCAAAGAUGAUUGAGGAGAGGCAGCAGGAGCUGACGCAUCAAGAACACAGGCAGAUGCUCGUCAACUCCAUGAACACUGUCAAAGAGCUGCUGCCUAUUCUUAUAUCCGCUAUAAAGAUUUUUGUCGCAACCAAGAGCAGUCGAGGUGCCGGCGUUGAGGAGGCAGAGAGGAACAGAAAGUUUACCUUUGAAAAGAUGAGCGCUGAAAUCAACGAGAUCAUAAGAGUGUUACAGCUCACCACGUGGGAUGAAGACGCCUGGACCAAUAAGGAUAUGGAGGCUUUGAAGAGAUAUCUGGCUUUGAUUGAGUCAAAGAUGGCACAAGCUAAAGGCUGGCUCAAAGACCCCCAUGGACAACCAGGAGACCCCGGCGAGGUGGCCCUGCGUGUGAUUCUGGAUGAAGCUUGUAAGGUGGGAGAGCUGUGUGCUGGGAAGGAAAGGAAAGAUAUUCUGGCAACCACUAAGGCUCUGGGACAAAUGACUGACCAGAUUGCUGAUCUACGAGCCAGAGGCCAGGGUCCUACCCCGGGGUGUGUGCAGCGUGCAGGCCAGUGCUCACAGGGCUUAGACUUGUUGUUUGGCAAAGUGGACAGUGCUGCUCGCAGAUUGGAGGCUCUAAUCAAUGCCAAGCAGGCCAUCGCCAGGAGGCUAGACGCUGCACAGGCCUGGUUGGCUGAUCCUAAAGGCGGUCCUGAGGGAGAGGAGAACAUCAGAGCGCUACUAGCAGAGGCCAAACGCAUCGCUGAUCUAUGUGAAGACCCCAAAGAGAGGGAUGACAUCCUGCGCUCCAUCAGUGAGAUCGCAGGCCUCACCGCCAGACUUGUGGAGCUACGCAGACAGGGUAAAGGGGAUAGCCCAGAGGCCCGUGCAUUGGCAAAGCAGAUCGGGGCGGCGCUGCUGACCCUGCAGUCCAAAACCAACCGGGCUGUGGCCAACAUGAGACCAACCAAACCCGCCGUGACCUUGGAGGGCAAGAUGGAGCAGGCCCUCCGCUGGGUGAACAACCCUGGAGUGGACGACAGAGGAGUAGGCCAGGCAGCAAUCAGGGGAAUGGUUGGAGAAGGGAGGAGGCUGGCAGGAGGCCUGAUAGGCCCGUACCGGCAGGAUAUGAUUGGACGAUGCGACCGAACAGAGGCUCUUAUGACAUCAUUGGCAGACAUGGCCAGCAGGGGCGAUGCUGAGGCCCCUCGUGCACGAGCUACAGCCGCACAACUGCAGGACAGCCUUAAGGACCUGAGGCAGCACAUGCAGGAGGUAAUGACCCAGGAAGUAUCUGAUGUUUUCAGUGACACCACUACCCCUAUCAAACUGCUGGCUGUGGCUGCAACGGCUCCACCUGACGCCCCCAACAGAGGGGAGGUUUUUGAAGAGCGUGCAGGGAACUUCGAGGCCCACGCAGGUCGGUUGGGGGCGACUGCAGAGAAGGCUGCUGCCGUGGGAACAGCCAAUAAAAGUACAGUAGAGGGGAUACAUGCUGCUGUGAAACAUGCCAGGGACCUCACACCACAGGUGACCUGUGCUGCUCGGAUCUUGUUGAAGAAUCCUGGAAAUAAAGCAGCAUACGAGCACUUUGACACCAUGAAGAACCAGUGGAUUGACAAUGUGGAGAAACUCACUAGUCUGGUGGACGAAGCCAUCGACACCAAAUCUCUGUUAGAUGCCUCCGAGGAGGCGAUAAAGAAAGACAUCGACAAGUGCCGAGUUGCCAUGGCGAACGUUCAGCCCCAAAUGCUUGUUGCCGGGGCAACGAGCAUAGCAAGACGAGCUAAUCGGGUCCUGUUGGUGGCUAAGAGGGAAGUGGAGAACUCUGAAGAUCCUCGGUUCAGAGACACAGUGAAACAUGCGUCAGACAUCCUCUCCCACACCAUCUCACCCAUGGUGAUGGAUGCCAAAGCAGUGGCUGGUAACAUACAGGAUAAAGCUCUGCAGAAGGCCUAUCUGGACUCGUGUCUGAGGAUUCUGGCUGCAGUCGGCAAAGUUAGAGAAGCCUUCCAACCUCAGGAGCCUGACUUCCCUCCUCCACCACCUGACCUGGACCAGCUCCAUGUUAGUGAUGAGCAGGCUCCACCCAAGCCCCCCUUGCCAGAGGGCGAGGUGCCCCCGCCACGUCCCCCUCCUCCAGAGGAGAAGGAUGAGGAGUUCCCAGAGCAGAAGGCUGGAGAGGUGCUCAGCGAGCCCAUGAUGGUGGCCGCCAGGCAGCUGCACGAUGAGGCACGCAAGUGGUCAAGCAAGGGUAACGACAUCAUAGCAGCAGCCAAGCGGAUGGCUCUGUUGAUGGCAGAAAUGUCUCGCCUUGUUCGUGGUGGAAGCGGGAACAAACGAGCCCUGAUUCAGUGUGCUAAAGACAUUGCCAAGGCCUCGGAUGAGGUGACGAGACUGGCUAAAGAAGUGGCCAAGCAGUGCACUGAUAGACGCAUUAGAACUAACCUGCUGCAGGUGUGUGAACGAAUCCCUACCAUCAGUACUCAGCUGAAGAUCCUCUCUACUGUCAAAGCCACCAUGCUGGGACGAACAAACAUCAGUGAAGAGGAGUCAGAGCAGGCCACAGAUAUGUUGGUCCAUAACGCCCAGAAUCUGAUGCAGUCGGUGAAGGAGACCGUCAGAGAAGCAGAAGCAGCCUCGAUCAAGAUCCGCACAGAUUCAGGGUGCACUCUUCGCUGGGUGCGUAAGACCCCCUGGUACCAAUAAACAAACCUGGUCACUGAAACUAGUAACACUCUUAGCUUACAUAUCACCAAUAGCACACACCUCGAGUAAAGCAACAUGCAUACUCAUUACGAGUAAACAUGUGCACUUCUUCAAAGAGGAAACUGAUAGUAAUGUGUUUUUUUCCAGGAACCAUUAGAUUUGGUACCAGGCAGGUUUCAUUUAUUGGAGUGAGUUCAGCUUUGCUCUCCAGUUCUCUUUAUCUACAAUUGUGGUAUCACGUACAUGUGGGCUGAUCGGAGACAGUUUUGAAUAUAUAUUUUUGGUAUGUUGUGUUAAAAGAGUUUAUCCAAAUCCCAGGUAUAUAUUUUUUGCAUGAAAAUGUUUUUUUCUAUUUUCUAAAGGCAAAUUAAAACAU